AUGGCGGAUUCGCAGUCAGAGGUGGAUGUCUUGGUCCAAAGAGUAGUUAAAGACAUUACUAAUGCAUUUAAGAGGAACCCUAAUAUUGAUGAGUUUGGUGUGAUUCCGUGCCCGGAGGGACGAUACAAUCGCAGCCCCAUCGUGGUGGUGGAGAACAAAUUGGGUGUUGAAAGCUGGUGUGUCAAAUUUUUGCUGCCAUAUGUACACAACAAGCUGUUACUCUACCGCCAGAGGAAGCACAGGCUGGAUAAGGAAGCUCUAGUGGAUAUAACAUCCACCCUGUUGUUGCUUAAUCCUGACUUCACCACUGCAUGGAAUGUCAGGAAGGAGUUGAUUCAGAGUGGAGUUCUUAAUGCAGAAAAGGAUCUAUACCUUGGCAAGUUGGCGCUUACUAAAUUCCCGAAGAGUCCGGAGACCUGGAUACAUCGACGCUGGGUAUUGCAGCAAAUCCUGAUGCGUUACUCAGCUGCAGAUGGUAGUGGAAAGCAGUCGGAGGGUGAAACCGAGCAGGCAGAUGUAGAAAGGAACCAGCAAUCAAGUUACCAACUUGCUCAAAUGCUUCACCAAGAGCUAAAGGUCUGCUCCGAUGCUGCAUGUAGUUAUCCCAGCAACUACAAUGCAUGGUCCCACCGCAUUUGGGUGCUGCAACACAUGGCCAAAGGCAAUAUCAAGGUUUUCCAUGAUGAGCUUUCCACCAUGCGUCAAUGGGUGUCAAUGCAUGUAUCAGACCACAGCGGCUUUCACUACCGCCAAUAUCUGCUCAAGGAGUUGAUCGAAGAGUUUUCUCUGACACCAGCUCCCAGCAGAAAAUGUUCACCCCAGCAUCAUUCCAGGACAGUGCCCAACAACUGCCUCUUACGCUCCAUCAAUGUUCUGGCUAAUGGUGAACAGUUGGGAAUAGAGACAAUGGAUGAAGAUAAGGAGCUUGAAUUAGCAAAACUGUUUGAGCUCUUCUAUCAGGAAAUGGAACUUUGCUCAGACCUGAUCCGGUCCUUCCCGGGCCACGAGACCCUGUGGAGUCACAGGCGGCAUGUCUUCUAUUUGUGGCACCAAUGGAGGUGGGAACACCAGCUGUACUACUUCGACAGUAAUGGAGAGGCUGUCCUCCAUAAUGGUGACACAGCCCAACUGAAGCCAGGUGCUCAAAGCCGUGAAGAUUGGGGAGCAGGCACUAUGGAGGUAGAUGGCAUAGCUUUGCCUCGUGACAGCAAGCGUCUGAAAAGGGGUCUCCGUCUGUCAAGCCUCCCCAGCCUGUCCUCAGAGUCCACAUUUCUUAGCGCUAUCCUGGACAGGCAAUGUAACCCAGAGCAGAGACACUUUGGCCUGGCAUACAAAAAGUGGUUAGACUCAGUAAUUGGUAAGGAGCUUUGA